CCACAUUGAAAGUGAUAUGGUAUAAGUGUUGGCCAUGAUAGUAACACCAAUGCAUAUAUUGGGUAGAUGUAGUGUAAAGUUUCAAUAUCGAACAUUUACAAUCAAAGUUUGAACACGGUGAAGCAAUAAGAAUUAACGUGACCUCAUAUGCACUGGAUAUAUAUGCACUUGUGCAGUAGACAUGGGAUUAUUCAAACAAGCGAUAUUUGGAAUAUUUGCUGUAUUAACAUAUACAUAUAUUAAAAAAUGGUCAGCGAGUGAUUUACCGGUGAAUUUCGGAGGCAGCUGGGAGCCAGAAUUUCAAGACGUGGCUGACGUUUUCAGAAAAAAUGUCGAAAGUGGGAAGGAAAAGGGUGGAGCUUUCGCUGUUUAUUACAAGGGCAGGCCUGUGAUUGACGUGUGGGGCGGGUACGCAGAUGCAGAGAGUUAUCGCCCUUGGACAGAGAAUACUACCACGGUGGCCUUCUCAUGCAUCAAAGGAGUCGCCGCCAUCUUACUUGUGAAAAUGAUGGAGCUAGGAAUCAUCAACCCCAAAGCGCUGGUGAAGGCCUACUGGCCCGAGUUCGCGGUCAACGGGAAGGACAACAUCACCGUAGAGAUGCUGAUGAGUCAUCAGGCCGGACUUGUAUACUUGGAUACACCCCUGUCUCUUCGAGAGUAUAUAGAUGACAGAGAGAAAUGGUUGAAGACUCUUGCAGACCAAUCGCCCGCUUGGCCGCCUGGUUCGCAGUUUGGUUACCAUUCGUUGACCUUUGGUAUGUACGUGGACGAGUUGAUACAGAGGGCAGAUCCACAGCACAGAGACACGGCAACCAUCUUCAAAGAUCUGAUCGGAAGACCCUUCGGUAUAGAUUUCGGUAUGAACACUCCCCAGUGCGAGUUUGGACGCUCGGCAAGACUGGUCACCAAAUCGAAGCUGCAACUGCUAAUCGACUCGCUCAGUUUUCCACGAUACCUCGUUCCCAUGUUCCAGAUUAUUACCCAGCCUAACUCGCCCAUGGCGAAGUCUAUAGUACCUAUAAUAGAAUACGCUCAGGUGACAUGUAGCGAGUAUUUAUUAGUAAAUAAGAAAUUCAAUUAUUCGACAAAACAAAAUCUGAAAGGAAUUGUUCACAUGAAUUGGUGCCGACCUACGAAAUGCAAAAUUUGCGAUAAAACUAACACACGAUUGUAUUUGCUUAUAAGUUCAGUUUUGUAAAAAUGUUUUUAAAUUAAGGUUUACACAUACGAUAUCUUUAUUGACAGGUUUCCAUAUUUUAUCUGGUUUAAGAACGAAAUUGACAUUUAUGCGUGUAUUGUGCCAUUCUGAAAAUACGAAUGUUGAUUUACGUAUUGUCUUGAAUGUACAAUUUUAUUAUGUAAAUUUCAGGAUACAAAACGUUAAACAAUCCCACAGUACGCGAGGUCACAAUAUCGUCUGCAUCCGGAACAGGAACGGCUCGUGGAUUGGCCAGACUUUACGGAAUAAUUGCCAAUGGAGGAUCGGUUGGCGGAGAUUCGUUGCUGUCACGUGACAGUAUCAAAUACCUGUCCACGCCUAUUAUCUUUGGCAAAGACACCGUAUUUAUCACUGGAGAGGAAACGAGCUUUGGACCUGGAACAUUUUAUAGAAAGAACCCAAAAGGCCAAGACGCCGUGGGUCACACCGGGCACGGAGGUCAGGUUGCUAUUGGUGACGAGGCGAAUGCCCUGGGUAUCGCCUACCUGACCAAUCACCUGUCAAUCAACGGCAUUGGGGAUGACCCGAGAUACGUUGAUCUCGAGAACGCCCUAUAUCGGGUGAUUGACAGAUUGCAGACGAGGACUUAAAUAUGACUUAUAAAAGGCCAAUUAUAGGCAAACAAUUA